AUGGCGGAACAACAGAUCACGCAAGGCGUGAUAGAGGCCAUUUUCUACAAACAACCCGAAGUGGCUGCCGCCCAGUUUCCCGUUCCGGUUAUGCAAUGUAUCCACAUCAAGACUCUCGAGAACAAGGUGGGCGACGAUGGUGCCCAGAGGUACCGCAUCGUCCUGAGCGACAUCCGAAACUAUGUGCAGUGCAUGUUGGCCACGCAGGCGAACUAUGUGAUGCAUGACGGGCUGCUGCAGCGUGGGUCGAUUGUGCGCGUCAAGAAGUACCAGGCCCAGGUUUUGAAGGGCAAAUUUGUGGUGAUUAUUCUCGAUCUCGAAGUUGCUGGGGAACUAGGCGCACCAGAAAGGAUUGGGAAUCCCCAGAGUAUGGAUAAUGCGGGAGAAGCUCCCCCACCUCAACCGGCUGCUGCGAGUGGUGCUGGCGGUGCUAGUUUCUACGGCGGCGGGGCCAAGAAUGAGCCCGCCCCAGAGAGAAAGCCGCAAGCCCAGAAAGCGUUCGGGGGCGGCGGUGGUGGCGGCGGAGGCAGUGGCCUCGCUGCAGGCACAAUAUACCCCAUCGAAGCACUCUCCCCGUACGGGAACAAGUGGACGAUCAAGGCUCGCGUCACUCAGAAGUCGGACAUUCGGACAUGGAACAAGGCUAGCGGCCCUGGAAAACUCUUCAGUGUGAAUCUUCUCGACGAAAGCGGCGAGAUCCGGGCGACGGGAUUCAACCAAGCCGUCGACCAGUUUUACGAGUUGCUACAGGAGGGAUCCGUCUACUACAUCUCGACGCCCUGUAAGGUGCAGAUUGCCAAGAAGCAGUUCAGCAACCUGCCCAACGACUACGAGCUCGUGUUCGAGACGGACACGCAUAUUGAGAAGGCCGAGGAUCAGAGCUCGGUGCCGCAGUUGUUAGAGGUGCAGGGUGAUGCAACGGUCGACGUUAUCGGCGUGUUGACGGAUGUGAAAGAUCUAGAGGAAAUCGUAUCCAAGACGACGCAGAAGCCGUACAACAAGCUGCGCGUGACCAUCUGGGGCAAGGUGGCGAGCGAGUUCGACGCCGAGCGCCAAUCCAUUGUUGCCUUCAAGGGUACGCGAGUCAGCGAAUUCAGCGGUCGUAGCCUCUCGCUCUUGUCAUCGGGCACGAUGGCUAUCGACCCUGAUAUCCCCGAAGCCCACAAGCUCAAGGGCUGGUACGAUUCCCAGGGCGGCAGCACAACAUUCAUACCGCACACCAACAUGAACUCAACCGGAGCCGCCGGGGGGCGUCCAGACGCCGUAAAGACCAUAGCUCAAGCCAAAGCGGAGUACAUGGGGGUUGAGGAAGCCCAGUAUUUUUCUGUCAGGGCUACCAUCAUGCACAUCAAGCAAGAACGGUUUUCCUACCCAGCUUGCCCCACAGAGGGAUGCAACAAGAAGCUGACCGACAUGGGCGGCGGGGAAUGGCGAUGCGAGAAAUGCAACAAGACAAACCUCACGCCGCAGCAUCGCUACCUCUUGAGCAUGGACAUUGGCGACCACACCGGUCAUACCUGGGCGAGCUCCUUUGACGACUCGGGCCGCGUGAUCUUGGGCAAGACGGCCGACGAGUUGGUGGCGUACCAGACCACUGACGACCCUGCGUUUGCCGCCACGUUUAUGGCGGGCACCCUCAGGAAAUUUUCGUUCCGGCUCCGCGCUAAGAUGGAGACUUUUGGCGAAGAAUCGAGGAUUCGUUUCCAGAUUAUGAGCGCUACUCCAAUUGACUACAAAACCGAGGGCAACAAACUUGCGGAACUGAUCAAGGAGUUGAGCGGGUCGGGGCCGUUGCCCUGUGGGGGUGCCUCAAUCACAGCCUUGCGGGGUGCUCCAAGUGGGGGUGCUUCCAGGCAGUUUGCAUCGGUGCUCUUGGACUUCCCGCCCGCGGGCGGGAUUGUCGACGACGAUCUAUAUCACUCGUUGGCCAAGGCACACAGUCAAAAGGUUGAGCGGCUGGUGGGGACGGCGGAGUUUGUGGAGGUGGCGGCCAAGUUGCUUGAUCACGUCGACCCCUCGAUCAACUCUAUCUCACAUAUUGGUCUGCUACUUGCGGCCAAGGCUGCCAAUAGUUUGCCGCAAGCUGAGUUCUUGGCUAGGGUUUCGGUGUUUCUGGUGACGUUUGACGCGAGGCAGAUACGCUAUGCUGGGAGGGCGUUUGCGGAAGUGUUGGAUUGGGUUUUGGAGGGGGCGUUGUUUCCGGCAUCCGUGGCGGUCGAUCUCGCCACGACAGCACUUCUCAGGCUUGACCCGACGGGCUCGGUGCUCACGAACCACCACGUUAGCCUGGUCAAGCUCGCGUACACAACCGACAACGUCAAGCCCGCGCUACCGAUCCUCGAGAAGGAGAUUGUGUUCUACCCCGGCGCCAAAAGCCUACAGACACAGCAAUCACUCGGACAUCCAGAGCUGCCGCCGGCGUCGUACAUCACCACAGACAGCGGGCUGACGAAGAGCCUGGUCAGUCUCGACGUGCUGCAGUACGAUCUACUCCGUGGCCUGAGCUUCAUCCAACAACGGUCGUGGAGCCAGGCAUUUGCCGCUCUCGAGCGCGUCAUCACAUACCCGGUCCGAGACAGUCAGGGGUGUAGCAAAGUCAUGGUAGAGGCGUACAACAAGUGGGUGUUGGUAGGGCUGCUCCUCCACGGCAAGCCGCCGACAAUUCCGCCCACAACGGCGCAGGGCGCGCAAAAGGUCUUUGGCACGCUGGGCAAGCCGUACCAAACGAUCGCGCUGGCAUUCACAGAGAAAACCGCCGAGUCACUCAAGCAGGAGGUCGAGAACCUCGGCGCGGGGUUCUUCGGCGAGGAGAACAACUUCAACCUUGUCCGGCUGGUGAUCCAGCACUACCAGCGGUGGCAGAUCCUCAAUCUCCGCAACGUCUACACCAAGAUCUCGCUCGAGCAGAUCCGCACCCGCACGCAGAGCGGCGAGACCGCCGCACCGCUGGCCACGGAAGCGGACAUCGACCAGCUCGCGCAGCAGAUGAUUGACGAGGGGAUGCUCCCUGGCGUGAUCGAACGCCCAGCCAACGGGCCAGCCUAUCUUGUUUUCUCUCCGUCCUCGCGGAGCGCUACUACUGCUAGUGCCAGCAACGAAGAGGAACUCUCCGAGCGGGAGUUUGCGGCGCGCAUGCUGGCCACGGCGCAGAGGCUUAAAGCGUUGGAGCCGUUGGUAAGGGCGACCAACGAGCGGCUGGGUACGAGCCGUGAUUAUGUACGGUUUGUGGCUGGGCAGCAGCGCGGGGGGAAGGAUUGGCAGCGGGAUUAUGGGGGGUUGUUUAUGAAUCAGGUGGAGGAUGAGGAUUUGAUGACGGGGGUUGUGGCGGGGUAUUAG